CGCUCGCCCCCCCUCCGCACCUGUCCCCGUGGAGGCGCCCCGCGGGGAGGCGGAGCGGGCGUGUGGCGCAGCGCCGGCGGGAGAUGCGAAGGGGCUGAGCGGGAAGGCGGCAGCGCUCCCGCGGCUCUGCUUCACCGCCCGCCUCAGCCGCCCUCGCCUGCCGGCCCCUCACCGCCCGGCCCUCCUUCACCGCCUGCCGGCCCCUCACCGCCCGGCCCUCCUUCACCGCCCGCCUCAGCUCCCCGCGCCCCGCUCUGCCUGCAGGCCUCCGUGCCGAGGAUCCCCCGCACCAUGUCCUUCCGCCAGAGGAGCCCUCACGGCAGCACGAGAAGCAGCCCGCAGCACCCCCCGCGCUGGGCCCAGGCCAGGAAACGCGGCGCCGAUGGGAGGCGGCGGAGGCAGAACGAGCCCGAAUCCUCCGCCUUUGAGGAAAACAAGCCCGGGCCCGAGGACGGCCGGCUGGACAGUUUUACAACACCAGAAGGUCCUGGACCCCUUUCCAGGUGUUUAGACUGGGGAACUGCAGUGGAAGAAGAUGAAAUGAGGACCAAUGUUCACAAAGAAAUCGCAAGACACAGAAGAAAACUCCUGAUUAAUGAAUUUUCAAGAGAAAGGAAGUCCUCUUCAGGAAGUUCCGAUUCAAAGGAAUCCACGGUGACAGUAGAGCUUGAGACAGAUGAGGUGGUUUUGAUGAGAAGACAAAAACAGAUAAACUAUGGAAAAAACACAAUUGCAUAUGAUAGAUACAUUAAAGAAGUUCCUAGAUGCCAUCGCAUACCAGGAGUUCAUCCCAGAACUCCAAACAAAUUUAAGAAGUACAGCCGUAGGUCAUGGGACCAGCAGAUCAAACUGUGGAAAGUUGCACUGCAUUCUUGGGAUCCUCCAACUGAAGGAGGAUGUGAUCUGCAGGAAAUUUGUCCUGUUGACCUUUGUGAGAUGGAGACAGAAUCUGUUGGAAGCAAUUCUACUGAAUCUCAAACGAGCUGUCAAGAUAAUGAUGAUACCUGUUCUGGCACUCCCACCAAAGUUAGACAUGUUGACUAUCAAGCAGAAGGAGAAUUUGACUUGGAAGUGUGUUUGAGUGAGCCACUGAAAGAAUUUGAUACUGUGAGUUAAAUAGUCUUGUGCAACCUGUUUUGGAGAAAGUUUCUGUUAAAUUUAAAAGGUUAGCUUGAUCCAUAACCUGUUAAUAGUAAGAAAUUGAGCAAAAUUGAAGACUGUUCUGCUGUGAUUGGUCUAGAUAUUCUCCAGACCAGACUUAUGUAAAGUUGCAUUUAAGUUGUGUGACUUCUUGUUAACUUUUAAUUUAUGUAUAUCAGAUUUUUUUAUAAAACCUUUUCAGUAGUAAAACUAGCCAAUGGCAGUGCUAUCCUCUAGUAAUGAUAAAUAGCACAGCAAGAUCUUACCAAUUUUCCCCCACUGUGAGCAUGAUUUCAGUUGUUCCCCUGCAGAUCAAGAGCCAAGUAGGGGGAUUCUUUUUUUAAUGUUACCUUGCUUUUACACAUGGCUCUUGUAACUCACCUGACCUGAAGUAAUGCACGUGGUACUGAACCAUGUGUCUGAUUGGUACUAGUAAGCCCCUCUACUGCAGUUACUGCAAGUUUAACUACCUUACCUUAAAAAAAACCCCACUUUUUUUGCAAAAAAUGUUUCAGAAACAAUUGGAAGUUAAAUACCCUCAAGAAAUUGGAGGUCAACAUAGUAAAGUCUAUGCAAUAAUGUUGGGGGUUUUUUAGAAGUAGUAGCCUUAAUUUGAAAUUUGUAAAUAGUCAUCAGUCACUUACUAAUGCAGUCAAGAAAACAGUGUCUAGGGAAAGUGCUUGAUUCUUUCAGUUUUCUGGUUUUAAAUGUAAAACUGUUGUAAAUGUUACCAACUGUACAGAUUUUCUGCUGAGAGCAGUUCGUGUUUCUGUUGCUUUUGUGUGGGAUGUUGCUGGAAAAUAAACAGAACUGCCUUUACUUUUA